GGAUAUGAUAAUGUAAACUUAACCUAUAAAACUUGCUUCUGUAAAAUACAUCUACAAUAAUAAAUAUACUUGUGAUAUUAAGUUAAAUGGCAGAUAAUGGCAUAUCGAGUUCAAAUCAAAUAAAUAACUCCGUGCUCAUACAACCAACCAACUUGGAAUGUAAAAAUUUAUACGAUUAUUUAACUACCAGACCUCAAAAUGUUCUCGAAAAGCUGUAUAAUCGCCCUACUAUAUGUUUAGCAGUGUACAGAGAAUUGCCUGAGCUGGCACGCCAGUAUGUGAUACGUAUUCUGUUUGUUGAACAACCGGUACCCCAAGCAGUCGUAGCGUCUUGGGGACACCAAGCGUUUUCAAAAGAGCAUGUGUAUGUUAGUAAAGUGUUAAGUAAUCUGUAUGUAUGGCAGGAAGCCUCAAUUCCUGGAGGUUUACAAGGAUGGAUUUUAUCAUCAACUUUUAAACAUAAUCUAAAAAUAGCCCUUUUGGGGGGAGGUAAACCAUGGAGUAUGUCUUCUGCCUUAGAUCCCGAUAAUAAGGCGAGAGAUGUCGCAUUCUUAGACGGAUAUUCCGCCGAACGAUGGGAGUGCGUCCUUCAUUAUAUGGUGGGCUCUCAACAGCAAGAAGGAAUAUCGGCCGACGCCGUUCGUAUCUUAUUGCACGCCGGCCUAAUGAAACGGGACGAAAGCGACGGCAGUCCUGUGAUUACGCGCCAAGGUUUUCAAUUUUUAUUAUUAGAUAGGCAAGCACAAGUGUGGCACUUUGUGCUGCAGUAUCUCGAUACGGUCGAGCAACGAGGCUUAGAUCUAGCAGAGUGUUUGACUUUUCUGUUUCAACUUAGUUUUAGUACACUCGGAAAGGAUUAUAGCACGGAGGGUAUGAGUCCUAGAUUAUUGAUAUUUUUACAACAUUUGCGUGAAUUUGGAUUAGUGUAUCAAAGAAAGCGCAAAGCGGGUCGUUUUUACCCGACGAGAUUAGCAUUAAAUAUAACCAGUAGCCAAAGUAAAGGAACGCAAGUGUUAGAGGAAGACGUUCCGAAAGGUUACAUAGUCGUCGAAACAAAUUACAGGGUCUACGCUUAUACGGAUUCCAAUCUACAAGUAGCACUUUUAGGAUUAUUUACAGAUUUAUUAUAUCGAUUUCCAAAUGUCGUAGUCGGAAUAUUGACUCGCGACUCAAUUAGGCAAGCACUACGAGGGGGAAUAACUGCCGAACAAAUUAUCGGAUAUCUCACUCAACACGCACAUCCUCAAAUGCUUCAGAGCGAAGUGGGAAGUGCGUUACCUCCCACGGUCAUCGAUCAAAUCAAGCUGUGGGAGUUAGAACGAAAUCGUCUAGUUUAUUCCGAUGGAGUUUUGUAUAGCCAAUUUUUGUCUCAGGCGGACUUUAAUGUAUUACGUGAAUAUGCUCAAUCAAGCGGAUAUUUAAUUUGGAGCAAUAAGGAGAAGCGAACGAUGGUUGUAAAUAAAUCAGGCCAUGAUGAUGUAAAAAAGUUUUGGAAGAGAUACUCGAAGGGAAACUAGAACUGACCCUAGUAUUAAAUAAUUUUAAAUUGUGUUUAAAUAUUUGUAUUUCAAUCUCGACUAGUAAUAAAUUCUUAUUUUUUUUUA